AGAAAGAUAGACCCACCCAACCCACGUAACCAACGCCACAUUCUCCAAUGCAAAAACAAAACAAAGACGUAACCUUUCUUUGCUUUUACUGCAGAGCUGUGCUUCAAUCAAACUUUUAUAGAUCAACUCCAAUCUUCCUCUUUGCUUCUGCAUUCUCAUCUCCAUAAUUAUAAUAGCCAUGACUUCAGAGCUCUUGGAAAUUCACCCUCAAGAACUUAGAUUUACUUUUGAGUUGAAGAAGCCGAGUUCAUGCUUAAUCCAAUUAACCAACAAAACUGACCAAUAUGUAGCCUUUAAGGUGAAGACCACUUCUCCUAAGAAAUACUGUGUCAGGCCCAACACUGGCAUUGUUAAGCCCAAGUCAGCAUCUGAUUUUACAGUUACCAUGCAAGCUCAGCGUGUUGCUCCGCCAGACUUGAUGUGCAAAGACAAGUUCUUGAUUCAAAGUGCAGUAGUUCCUUCCGGGACAUCCGAGGAAGACAUUACAUCCAACAUGUUUUCGAAGGAAAGUGGCAAACACAUUGAGGAGAAGAAGCUAAAAGUAUUCCUUACUAGCCCACCACAUUCACCUGUUUUGGCUGCAAUUAAUGGAAAGUUGAAACAAGAUUCAGGUCAUGAAACUUCAUCUCCGAGGGAUAGAGCAUGGACUGGAGUUGAAAACAUACCUCCACCUCAGAGGGUAGCGGAGGAUCUGCUGGGGUUUGAGACUGCUAAGGAUGCUGUCGAGUUAAGAACAAGUAAGGAUGUUCGGCAAUUUGAAACUUCCAAGGAGGACACAGAAGAGCUAAGAGCAGCUGACGGAGUGCAAUCAAGUCCUGCCAAGGAUGUGCAGGAACUGAAACCUGCAAAAAGUAUGGAGGAAUUAAAGUCGGGUGACGAUUUUGAGGAGUUAAAGUCAAAGAUAAGUUUUAUGAAUUCAAAACUUAAAGAGGCUGAACUUAGUAUCAUGAAGCUGACAGAAGAGAGGAGCAUGGCUGCUCAAGAGAAGGAGAAGCUUAAGAGUGAAUUAGAGGUGUUGAAGAGGAAGUCUGAUGUCAAAACAAUUCAGGUGGGUUUUCCCUUCCUCUAUGUAUGUAUGGUGGCCCUCAUCAGCCUGGCAGUUGGAUACUUUAGCCAUCUCUAGGAGACAGUUUCUGCGCAUGAAACGGGAUUUCUUUGGGAGAGAACAAGUGAAUGCUUGUGAUUGUUUAUACAGGGUCUUAUUAUCUGCUGCAACACCAAAAGUAUAGCCUUUUUGUAUGUUGUACGCAAUGUAGGAACCUCUUAUUGUUUUGUACGUAAAUCGAACAAAUCUUCUGUAAGAGAAUAAAAUUAGCCAUUGGCAAUUGAUUGUAUCGAGCUCAUACCUGAUAUGCUUGACACACUGAACAACUCAAUUUACAAAAGAAUAUU